AUGUCAUCUUAUAAAACUACUAACAAAAUAAGCAAGGCACCUACAUUUAAGUUGAUAACCAUUGGAAUGACAAACGUGGGCAAAUCGAGUAUUCUACUCAAAUUCACACGAGAUGAGUUCAGCGAGUGCAUCAGCAACACAGUUGGAAUCGACAACCUCAACAAGGAGCUGCUGGUGGGCAGCAGACCAGUGGUGCUCCAACUGUGGGACACUGCUGGCCAAGAGAGAUUCAAUGCAAUCGUAAGAAGCUACUACAGGGGAGUGGAUGGGUUUGUGUUUGUGUUUGAUGCAUCUGAGAGCAGGUCGUACGAGUACGUGGUGGAUAAGAUGGAUAGCACGCGAAAGGAGAACAAGGAGGUGCCAUUUGGAAUAAUUGUAGCAAAUAAAAUAGACUUGGUUGAAGACAGGUUGGAACUAGAACAGAGACUGGAUAGGCUAAGUAGUAAAACAGGGUAUAAGCACUAUAUGACGAGUGCAAAGACAGGAGAGAAUAUCAGUAGGAUGUUUGAGGAGUAUGCAGCAGCAAUAUACGAGCACAAGAAGAACGAGAAGGAGCAGAAGGAGAUAUUGGACAAAAUAAGUGUGACCAAAAAGGGAGGAAGAAGGGGAUGUUGUUGA